CCAAAUUUCACAAAUUUAUUUGGAAAAAUAAAUACACCCACUGACGUGUGGGCCAUACCGGCCUCCCACUGUUCUAUCUCUGCAAUAAGAAGAAGUCGUCGUCCACCUCGAUGGAGAGCUCCUCCUCCUCGGCGAUUUUUCGCUUCGAUUUGACUCCACUCGAUCCUCUCGUGCUGCACAAUCCCGGUAAGCUGUACGCCGCGCGUCUUGCUAGCUAGCUCCGUUUGUUGCCAUGAUUGCGGCGGUGGCAGCCGUGGCGGAGUCGCCGUCGCCGGCGAGGAAGCGGUGCCGGCUGGGCGGGCCGGUGGCGAUGAACGGGGAGAGUGGCGGCGGUGCUAGUGUUACUUCUGCUGCUGCUGCUAGUACCAGCGGCGGAGAGUUCGAUCUCCGGCACUGGCGCGCGGGGACGGGAGCCAAGCGGGCGGGGUCCGGGAUGCGGAGGCGGUGGGCGCCGCCGGAGAUAGAGAUCCCCGGCGGCGGCGGAGGAGGAGCGCGGGGGUACACCAGCCUCCGGGACAUCCUGUCGUCGCCGGAGUACGCCGCGUCCAGCAAGUCCAGCUCGCCCGCCGCCGACGGUGGCAGCGGCGGGGGGGACGUGCACAUGAUACGCCACCCGCUGGUGAAGCACGCGGCGUACGCCUACCUCCAGCUGACGCCGUCCGCGAGGGACGUCGACGCCGCCGGCAGGAGGCGCCGCCGGAGCCGCGGCCCGCUCUGCCGCCUCCUCCUCGGCUGCCUCGGCUUCGUCGGCGCGCUCUUCGGACGGUGACCCCUCCUCCGUCUCUGGCGAGACAUGCCCGCACGUCUCUAGCUAGCUUGAUCGAUUUUUGCUUCCCUUUUUUUAUUUCUAUUUUUACAAUGUAC